GAGGUAGUGGCUGACAGUAAUCCUGGAAACAUGCCCUGGAAGAGUGUGUACUAGGCGACUUCCUUGCUUCCAAGUGAUCCGACUCCCGGUGCCGAAAACCCCCAAGUGAGCCAACUCGCGGUGCCGAAAUUUUUGUUUCCUGGCGGCUCGGUGACCAUCGCAACGACGCGUUCACUGAUCGAUACUCUUGUUCGUGGAACCUGAAAGCAUCGCUGACACGAUGAACGCACCCCCGGAAAUCAAGAAGACCAAGGAAGAAGCUCCGGCCGAACUAGAGAGUCAGAUCAUCUUACGUCUUCCGGGCCAAGUCGCCGCUGCUUUGCGGGCAGCCGUGCGGUCGGGCGUCAUGAACCUCAAAGACAGGCUGACCAUCCAGCUUGAACCGGACAACCGGCACGGCACGGUCCGCUUCGACCGCUGGAGCCUCUCCGCUCGCGUCGUCGACCUGCCGUCCAUCAUCGAGUCGCACAAGACGUUGGACCGCAAGACGUUCUACAAGACGGCCGACGUGGCGCAGCUGAUGAUCUGCAAGGAAGAGGACGGCACCGAGGACGAAGAGGCCAAGAAGGCUGCCGCAGCCGAGGACGAAGAAGCGCUGCGGCGCAAGGAGCGCAAGGACGCCAAAGACAAGAAGUACCAGUACCCGCACGGCAUCACACCGUCUCUGAAGAACGUGCGCAAGCGACGGUUCCGCAAGGUGCUUAAAAAGAAGUACGUCGACUUCCCGGAGAUCGAGAAGGAAGUGAAGCGGCUAUUCCGCACGGACAAUGAAGCAGUUUCGAUCCGCUACGAGGUGGUCAACGCAGAAGACGACAAGGGCGGCGAUGGCAAGGGUGAUGGAACAGAAGUGGCCAACGGCGGCUCCGGCGAACCCCACGUGAGCGGUGGCUUCGGCUCACCCUCUGUAAGCGCGCUGCUCAACAGCAACUCCCAGAGCAUGGACGUCGGCGAGCACGACCUCUUCGGGGAAGCGUUGAGCAGCUCCGACGAGGACGAUGUCAAUAUCGUCGACUCGGGUGGCGAGGAGGACCUCUUGUCGCGGCCCCCGAAGCAGAGGCACCCGUCGUCUUCCGGCAAACGGGACGGCGGCUCUUCGCCGGACAUGGUGACAGACUUCCGACGGGGCAUGCUGGCCGCCACCGACAAGAUGGCGUCUGGUGCGAGCGCGGCGGCGACGGCGGCUGCAACCAGUUCUCUGGUGGACGAGUAUGUGGACGACCCAGACUAUGGAGAUGACAAGGAAGUGAUUGAGUUUGCUGCCAAGAAGGAGGAAGAUGACGACAUCGAUGAGCCGGAGCAGGACAACUCCGCACUUAUGAACCGGCUGUCAGAGCUGGAACGGGAGAUCGCUCAGCUGCAGGAGCGAAGGCAGGCACAGGAGCUGGAGAUAGCAUCAAUAGAAAACCAGGCUCUCAAGCAGCGGUUCCAGAACAUCGUCAACUCUCUCAAGAUUGAAGAGAGUGAUAAGCAGAGGGAGUAUGACGAAAUCGUGUCGCUGCUUCAUCGGUGAUGGUGCUGCUGUGCCAGAAAUGUGCCCAUACUUUGUCACCGAUGUACUGAUAAAGUUUUGAUAAAUAUUUAUACCUACCUUUGGCCCUGCUUGUAAGAUGAUGACUGAUUUGUGAUCACCCAGGAAAUACAUCUUCACGGUUUAAGGGACCACUGCAUUGCCUUUUCAUAUGUGGUGACUGUUUGAAGGUAUUGUUAGUGACUGUUAUGAACACCGCAUUUUCUUUCUUGUUGUUUCUUUUUUGUGAGUCAGGUAAGGCGCACUACAUUGGACCAUGAAUGGUGACAUAAACAAGGCAUACAGGUCACCGUCCUGUGUAUGUAUGAAACAUAAUUGUGAUGGUUACAUAGUCAUCAUAAGCAGAGCUUCGAGGAAGAUGUUAUAGAAAAAGAGAAGAUAGGCUGUGAGGCAGACUGUGUUGAGAUUAUGUGAAUGAUUGUAAUUGCAUGGCUAUUGCUAAACAGUGCUUAAAAAGAUUUAACGUACCCACUAACUCACCGCACUUGAUUAAAAUAGUCUUGCUAAGUUGUCGGAGAUGGUGAAUUGGCAAUGACAUCUUUGUAGCACCAAAACAUCAUGGCCUUGUUCUAGGUGAUGAUCUUGAAAGGUCCCUCACCAUGUGACAUAAAAAAUUGUAGUUAGACACUGGAAGCUGUCGUGUCCCCAAUGAAGAGUUUUGUAUCACAAAAAUUUUUCAAACUGGUUCAUUACAAGCUGAGAAAAUCAAUGUGUUGAAGCUGCGUGGAACCAUGAUGCGAGAAGGCGAGCCUUGGAACCCUUGCCACUCACCCCUUGUAGCCUUCACAAGCCAAAUUCCUUCCCUGCUCUCUUUGGUAUCAACACGUCAUGUGCGCGCAAGGUCACGUGCCCAAGCACCCGAGCGGUGCUGUGUUGUUUCGGCGUUCUCUGUAUUGUACUGCCUGUCUCUGCGAGAUGGAUCCCCAAGUGCACGCACAUUUGGAGAGGCUGGCACAAAUCAUGGAUCCUUGCUGUGAUACACCGCGUUGCACCGCUGGAACUGUGGUCAGGGACAAGGCACCAAAAACAUGGCAAGCAUUGUCAGGGCUGGUGCCUGCAUGACGCAGAGACGGCAAGAACACGAACGCACGCGAAACUGAGGCAGAUUAGUCUCGCUGCGAUUCGAAGUAAAAGAAAAUAUAUAUAAAUGCGCAGACAUUCCGUUUGUUUUAUUAUUGCUCUCAACUUUCAUUCAUAUAUUCAAGCAACAGAUUACACAAAUUACACAUGUCGGCUCGAAUAAUUCUCUCAGUGUCACGUGCUACUGUGAGUGACGUCAGAGCACUGAUGUCUAUGUAGAGGAGUGGCAUUGGAGCACAGAUAACUACGCUGGGCCAUUCCUUGUUGUACGUCUUCUCCAUCUUGGGGCGUUCGCCAGCGAGAAGAAGGGCAAGUGGCCAAUUUGAAAUUUCACCACUUUCCAUGGGGCGUAGCGUUGCAAAUUUUGGCAGACGUGAUCAUGAGCGCCCAGUGUAUGCAUUACACUUGUCAGCUCGAAGUGCUCGGACCUGGUGAGGGGACCCUUUAAGGUUUAAUUAAACAUGACAAAAGCAGGAAAAACACCGCAAGUGAGAUGUACAGUACUUACGGAUUGAAACGCAAAAUUUAGGGCUAAGUAAUGCAACUUACUUUUGUUUUUUCCAGCAUGUGUUUCAUUUCAUAUCAGGCUAAUUUUGACUUGGACACUUACGUCAGAGCUAACAUGACCUUUAGCGGCCAGAUUUGCAGCGACAUGAUGCGAAUAUCAUGAGUAAUUGUUCACAGCACUCGCUAUACAAAAAAAAACGUCGCGUUUCAAUCCGCGUGUACUGUACAACCCAGCACUGCAUUGUUGUCAAUCUUUCAUGUGUUAAUUUUUCUGCAACUUAAGAUAUUCAAAAUUCUGAGUGAAAAUUACGGAAUGUGGUGAAACCCACUGCGCGAUGAUGGUCAAACAAUAGUUUGAAUGGAGAAAUGUUUUUGAUGUGUGUUUUGCUAUGGGAAUGGAGCACAGAAAGUCCUGCUGAAAAAAUUUCAGCUUGGCAUGUUGAGAUGAAUAAACUCUGUAAAUAUUUUCUUCAACCUGUAAACAAUUGUGUAUAUAUGCUGACUUUAUUCGAAAUAAACAGGCAAAGUUUCAG